UAUUCUAUAUAUUGUCCGUGGCAAUAAUCUUGUCAUUAUUUGUUGCUACUUAGGAAACACGUGUUGAGUGAUUAAGUGACUGAUAUUAUAUAGUUUUUUUACAUACAACAAUGGCAAGAAAUCGAAAACAUAAGCAAAAAAAAAAUUUCGCAGAAAAACGUCGUGAAAAACAAAAGAAAAAGGAUGAGUGGGAUAUUACACCACAUCAUAAUUAUGCAGAUAUUAUCAGGGAAAAUAAGGAUUUUGAAAAUUAUUACAAAACUCAAAAAAUUGUUCCUGAAGAACAAUGGGAUUCUUUUAUCAAUACUAUGAGAAAGAAUCUUCCAGUAGCAUUUAGAAUUACAGGCUCAAAAGUAGAAGCUAAAGCAUUAAUGGAAACUAUUAAAGGAGAUUUUUUUAAGGAAAUUUUAAAUAUGCAUAUGGAAGAUGACUCCAAAAGUAAUGAGGAGACUAAGGAAAUAUUACGUUGUUUACCAUUUUAUCCUGAUGGAUUAGCUUGGCAAUUACAAUUAACUAGAAAAGAUAUUAGAAGAUCUGAAGCUUAUUUUAGAUUACAUAAUUUUUUAAUUGUUGAAACAGAAAGUGGAAAUAUUAGUAGACAGGAAGUAGUUAGUAUGGUACCACCUUUGGUAUUAGAUGUAAAACCGUCUCAUAAGGUUUUAGAUAUGUGUGCAGCACCAGGGUCAAAAACAGCUCAACUUAUUGAAAUGAUACAUACUGAAGAAGGAAAUUCACUUCCAGAAGGUUUUGUAAUAGCUAAUGAUCUUGAUAAUAAUCGAUGUUACAUGCUUGUACAUCAAUCGAAAAGAUUAAACAGUCCAAUUGUUUUAAUUACAAAUCAUGAUGCCACGAUAUUGCCUAAUUUUACUACUACUAAGUCAGAUGGUACAAAAGAACUAUUAAAAUUUGAUAGAAUACUUGCUGAUGUACCAUGUAGUGGUGAUGGUACAAUGAGGAAAAACCCAGAUAUUUGGUGUAAAUGGAGUCCAGCAAAUGGUAACAAUCUUCAUGGAAUUCAAUUUAGAAUAGUAAGAAGAGGUUUAGAACUUUUAACAGUUGGAGGAAAAAUGGUAUAUUCCACUUGUUCGUUAAAUCCAAUAGAAAAUGAAGCUGUACUUCACAGGAUUCUUGUUGAAACACAAGACUCUGUGCAAUUAGUUGAUUGCAGACAUUUAGUACCUGGAUUAGUAUGCGAUCCAGGUAUAUCACAUUGGUUACCAGCAUCAAAAGAUUUACAAUAUUAUGAAUCAUGGGAAGAUGUACCUGAACAAUGGCAAACGCAAGUUCGUCCGAAAAUGUUUCCACCAAAACCUGAGGAUGCAGCUAAAUUUCACUUUGAAAGAUGUAUGAGAAUAUUACCACAUCAUCAAGAUACAGGAGGUUUUUUUGUGGCUGUUUUGGAAAAAGUAAAUUAUUUACCUUGGGAACGUGUAUCACAUAUUAAAGAAGAAUCAACCGAGAAUUCUAAUUGUCAAGAGAGUAAUAAAAUCAAGAGAGAAUUAAGUUUAGAAGAAGAAGAAGAAGCAAAGAAGAAUGUCCAUGCUACCAAAACGUUUGAUGAAAUGAACAGGUUACGAAUUGCUAAACAAAAACGUAGGAGAAUUGCUUCUGGGUUUAAAGAAGAUCCAUUUGUUUAUUUUAAAGAGGAUGAAGAUGUGUGGUUAUCCAUUAAAAAAUUUUACGAUAUAUCUGACGAUUUAGAUCCUCGAUGUUUGUUGGUACGAUGUAUUGGUAGAAAGAAGAAAAACAUUUAUUACACAUCACCUGAAAUACGUAAUGUUGUAUUGUCUAAUGAAGAUCAAAUAAAAUUGAUAAAUACUGGUGUUAAAUCAUUUGUACGUUGUGAUAAUAAGAAUAUGGAUUGUCCAUUUCGACUUGCACAAGAAGGAAUACAAGUUAUUAUUAAGUAUAUUGGUAAUAGUAGGAAAAUCAGAAUAUCUAAAGAUGAUCUGAUAAUGUUAUUACAAAACAAUAAUCCAAAUACACCACCCGAAAUUGUGAAGCUUAAUCCAGAAACACAAGAACGGUUACAAAACUUUGCAACUGGAAGUUGUAUACUUAUGUAUGAAGAAGAAGGAACAGAAAAUCCAUUAAAGCUACAAAUGGUAGGAUGGCGAGGUACAAUGUCUUUGAGAGCAUAUGUUCCUAUACACGAUGCAAUUCAUUAUUUACGUCUAUUAGGAGCUGAUUGUUCGAAAUUUGAAAAAAAUAAAUUCAAAGAAAAUCGUGCUUCUGCUGUUCCCGAAGAGUUGGAUAAUGAAAUUUGUAAUGAUAUUAACAAAGCGGACAAUAAUUUAAAGAAAGAAGAUACGUUAGAAACUUCAAACGAAUUAAAAGAUGACACAUAAUUUUAUAAUAUAAAAUGAAGUUCCUUUAAUUUUCUUUGAGAUAUCAAUUUCAAUAUGUUGCAAGAAUAAGUAAAAAAUUUUCAUUUGACUUAAAAUUUAAUAAAGAUACCCUUGACAAGACGAAUAUUAUUUAAUACAUGUAUAUCUUGUAGAAAUGAAAUAAAACAUUUUUAUAGGAUAAAAAAGCAACUAUUAUUAAUUAAUAGGAAAUUUACUAAUCGUUUUACUAAUCGUUUUCUAUGAAAUAAUUUAUGAAAUUACAUGUAUUUUUAUAGUUUGAGCGACAAAUACUUUUUACUUUUUUUAUUGUUAUUUUCGGCCACUCAAAAUAUUUUACUGAUUAUAGUACAAAUAUUGUUAUAAAUAUGGCCGGAUAUAGAGGAAUCAUUAAUUCUGAAAUGGCUAUUGCCAUAGUAUUCAACAAUAAUCGUUAUUAAAUCGUAUUGAACGUUUUGCGUCUACUGUAUGUUAAAGUUGGAAAAGAUGAAUA